UUUUAAUAUCUCAUAUAUAAACUCAUGCACACAACGCUCCACCUCUUCAGCACAAAAAAACCCUAAUUUCUUCACAAAUUCAGCGGCGAUGAAGUUCAAUCCGCGUGUGAGCUCUUCUCGCCGGAAGAACAGGAAGGCUCACUUCACAGCUCCUUCAAGCGUGAGGCGCGUUCUCAUGAGCUCGCCGUUAUCCAAGGAUCUCCGUAACAAACACAACGUCAGAUCCAUGCCGAUUCGUAAAGACGACGAAGUGCAAGUUGUUCGUGGGACGUUCAAGGGAAGAGAAGGGAAGGUGAUGCAGGUGUAUCGCCGCAAGUGGGUGAUUCACAUCGAGAGAAUCACAAGGGAGAAAGUCAACGGAUCCACGGUCAACGUCGGAGUCAAUGCUUCGAAUGUGAUGAUCACUAAGCUCCGUCUCGAUAAGGAUAGGAAGUCGCUUUUGGAGCGUAAGGCUAAUGGACGCGCCGCCGCCGAUAAGGAGAAGGGAACCAAGUUUUCAGCCGAAGAUGUCAUGGAGAACGUAGAUUGAUCUUAACGUAUGGUUUUUUCUUCUUCUUUUCUAGUUUUCUAUUUUGAUUUCAUUGAUGAUGAUAUGAUUCAGAAUUCGAAGUUGAAUUUUGUGGUUUUCUUAUCAAUGUACCUCAUUUAUGCUUAUAUUUCUAGCUAUUGAAAUUGGACUGAGAUUUAAAUCCUUAUUGAUAAUUCAUCAUUCAUUUCAAUCAAUCGUUGUAUACGUUAAUUCUUCUUGGUGUCGGACAUAUAGACUGGUAAUUGCAAGUUGUGAAUUGUAAAGCUCUACAUGAUCUCUACACCAAUCGUAGAAAAAAUGGUAACAUUUGAAGUUAGGCUCAACAAUAUUGGGAGAAUCUCCUUUGCGA